AUGGAGCUUGCUGCAGCGCACAUUGUGCCGGGCAAUACAUUGACCGCCGUGAUUUCAGAAGAUGCUAUUGAAGAGGCACAUCCUGAAGCACAGGCGCCUUCUCAAGCUAUGCCUGAGGACAGCUUCGAAAUCAAGGACUUCGGGCAUGGCAUUCGCCUGAUGGCGCAGCAGUCCAUCUUUACCGAGUUUAACAUAAAGAUGGACGUGCUGGAAAACUGGAGCGACUUGAAGAACGUCUCAGUCCUGGAGCAGGCACUGCCUGCUGGCCACGUGCCCCUGGCUCGACUCCUCCGGCUCACUCCGGAAGAUCGACCCUUUCCAACACCGGUGCAGGUGGAGGUGCCGACCUGUGCUGGUGCCGAAGCCUUGUGGAGAUCAACGACAGCUGGAUGGGAGAAACUGGAAACCGCGUCUUUCGAGGAGACCCGAACAACGGUGGAACUGGACCACUUUUGCGAGUUUGUCAUCACCGGGGUCUGUCGUCCACUCAAAGGGCUUGGAUUCCUCCAUCCGCGCGGUGAGCACGCACAGGUGGUCGUAAUGCACAUAGGGUGCGAAUCAUGCGAGGGAGGCUUGGAGCUGCUUUGCUCAGACCCAGAUGUGCUGCAACACUUCCGGAGAUGUUCUCCCAACCUUCAGCUGGGAACCUUUCGCCAUGAUGAAGACCUCGAAAUCAAGCAGCCUGGCCGAACUUCAAAAAUGAAAAUCCGGUUCCACCGCAUGCCACUGAUGUCACCGGAGCUGGACACCCAGUCACGGCAACACUUUGAUGUGGAGAUCGAGGAAAAGAACCACUGCUUUAAGAUCCGGCCAGAAGAGGCAACAGCUGCAACAGAUGCAACAGCUGCAACAGCUGCAACAGCUGCAACUGCAGAGCCUGGACUUAAGCCGCAUUCAGCUGGAUCUGCAGAGGCAUCGUCAGCUGCCUUGACCGGCAACAUGGAAUCAGCAGCAGCACCGGCCGCACCCACCGGACCAGCGCCACGAUGGAGACCCUGCGGAAUCUGCAGACGAAGGGCCAACUUCAAGGCCGUUGCCAUGUACACGCAGCCGGUCUCGGUGGCAUCGAGAGAUCGAGGGCACUUAAUGCUCAGCGGACGCUUCAACAGUGAUGCGAUUGUCGCGUACAUGAAGGAAGUGAAGAGUCAGCUGGAGGCUAGACACGUCCCAGUGUUCAUGGUCGAUGCGUCAACUGGCCAAGAUUUUGGCCAAAUAACAUGCGAAGGAUUGUACCGUGCCAAAGGCAUGGUAGCCUUCUGCACCUCAGAGUACGGUGCGUAUACUGGUGUGGGCUACGAAACGUUCUAUGAACUCGAGUUCGCUCACCAGAAUCAGUUGCCGUUGUUUCCCAUCAAGCUCUGUGACCAGUGGCCACCAGCACCACAGAACAACGAACGAGGCACUUGCCAAAAUAAAUUUGUGUUCAAGAAAAGCCUCGUCUUCGCAGAAGAUCUGCAGAUGACCAACGCCAAAGGUGUUGCUGAUAAGAUUGCUGAAUCUGUGGCACGCAUGGGCAUCUUCUGAAAUUACGCGCAGCU